AUGGCCACCUCACACAAAGGUCCCUCCCUCAACCAAUGCAAAUAUGUCAUGGACUUACUCAAAGAAGCGGACCUCUUGGAUUGUAAACUUGCUAGCACCCUACUUGAUUGCAAAUGGAAAGUGAGUAUGGAAGGAGAACCUCUUCACAAUGUUAGUUACUACCAAAGGUUAGUAGGCAAGCUCGUUUAUCUAACUAUAACUAGACCUGACAUCACAUUUGUUGUCAAUCUAGUGAGUCAAUUUAUGCAUGCUCCCACAACUGAUCACCUCCAUGUUGCUAAGAGGAUUCUACGAUAUCUCAAGGGUUCUAUUGGCCAUGGCAUUUUCAUGCAAAAUCACAACUCAACCAAGAUCCUGGGAUUCACUAAUGCUGACUGGGCAGGGAAUACCCUUGAUCGCAAGUCCACUAUUAGUUAUUGCACCUUUGUAGGGGACAAUUUGGUCACUUGGAAGAGCAAGAAGCAACCUGUUAUUGCUCACUCCAACGCUGAAUCUAAAUACAGGGCUAUGGCUUCAACUGAUUGUGAAUUAAUAUGGAUAAAAAGCCUUCGUCAGAACCUAGGGUUCUCUUACUAUACACCCAUGUCUCUGACGCGUGAUAAUCAAGCAGCAAUGUACAUUGCUUAUAACCUAGUGUUUCAUGAGCAAACCAAACAUAUCGAGGCUGAUUGUCACUACAUACGUGCACAGGUUUAG